AUGGGUUCAGUAUUCUGCCGUGCGUCGCUUAGAAUAGAUUUCAGUGUAAGUUUAGUUACAGAAGUUAAUGAAGAUGACUCGGAUAGUUGUGUUCUUUGCUCUACUGGCGAUUGCUCUGGCAGCUCCAGCAGACGACUCCGCCAACGCUCAAAUCCUCAAGUACGAAAGUGAAAAUAUUGGCAUUGAUGGGUACCGAUUUGAAUUUGAAACCAGUGAUGGAACGGCUCGCCAGGAACAGGCUGAGCUCAAAAAUGUCGGUACCGACCAGGAAGCAAUAGUGGUGCGAGGGUCGUACUCUUAUGUUGGACCCGAUGGAACCCAAUAUGUGAUCAAUUAUGUGGCGGACGAAAAUGGUUUUCAACCGGAGGGAGCCCAUAUUCCUAAAAAAUAGUCAUUAUAGUCGAAUGAUUAGAGUCGAAAUGCUAGUUAAUGUACUAUAGAUGGAUACCAAAAGCAUUCAAAAAAUCAAAGCUGAACACGAAAUCGCUCAUUUGUAAUAAAUUUAAUUUAAUUGUUAUGUUUUA